ACCGCCGUCCGCGCGCGCCGCGUAGUUUGAUGCAGCGCUGAGAGUUUUGUUGUUUGCUGUUGUGACGACCGCCGCGUUUCCUUGGCGACAUCAUAACAAACCGAAAACGAUGGCGAGCGACGCGGAAGAAGUUUUACCAAAAGAAGACUGUCAACCAUGCACAAUUUGCGGGAGGACAUUCCUGCCGCAAUCGCUGGUGAAACACAUGAAGAUCUGCGAGAAGAACGCAAGUAAACGACGUAAACCCUUCGAUUCACAACGCCAGCGCGUCGAGGGCACCGAUCUGGCACUGUUUCAUAUGCCAACAUUUAAAAAAUCCACAGUGCCGCCACCACCACCACCGCGGGCGUCGUCACCACCAAAGCCAAUGGAGAAAAAGGUUUUCACACCAGUCACGGCCAAACCAUCACCCAUCAAAAUUGAGAUUCCUGUCAAGAUUGAAGCGCCGGUCAAACCUGCGCUACCGGAAAAACCUGAACCACCUGCCAAAGUACCUGUGCGUGUGCGUAACUCCGUUGUAUCAUCAGUGGCGACUGAACGAUGUCCACACUGCGAGCGCCAAUUUGCUGCGAGGUCCUACGAACGGCACGAGCUUUGGUGUCGAGAGAAACACGCAUGUAAGCCCUCAAUGGUCCUGAAUAAUUGUAGAUCUGAGGCGAAGGAGCGCUUAGAUGCGCGUUUAAGUUACCGUGUCCCUACGUUUGUUAAACGUACAGUCAAAGAGAAGUAUCAGCCAUCUUCAAAAGAAGAAAAGAAGAAUACCACAAUAAGCACCACCAACAAGUCAAACACCACUUCUGACACCGACACCUACAAUCCGUUUCUCACUGCGGAGCGACAACUGAUGGAACUGCUCGAAUGCAACGAUUUUAAACCCUACCACAAAUCCACCAACAAAAACCACACCCAGUCCAAAUCACCAUCUUCCAAACCCUAUAAACCUAUAAUUACAAACGCGGGUAAAACAAAAAAGCGUCAGUCUGUCAUUGAUCCACCUGGAGACUUCAAGGAUACACGACGUGCGUCCGAGGAAGACAUCAACUUCGAAAUGUUGGAGAAUUUCAUCAAUGACAACUUUAGUAAUGAGGAAAUGCACAAACUUGACUUGGAUACCAUAUCCUUGGACAGUUGCAGUACAAAAAACAACGAUAACACCAGCUCGUACUUUGAUGACGUGUCGAUAGACCCACGAUUAAUCAACGAUUUCGAUAACUUGUCCAUUCCGGACCAUCUUGACACGCACAACACCUCCACGACAACCAGUAAACGUUAUCAUCCAGAGCCACCCGAGCACAAAUCCGAUGUUGUUUCAAACCCUGUCUUUUACAGCAUGUGCUCACUGUCACCGAAACCACAAUCGUCGGAAGUCACUGGAGUGAAGAGCGAGUUUCAAAUGUCGCCGUUGUCGCCUGCUAACCUGAGCGUACCUUUUUCGACUUUUGAAUUGUUUUCGCCCGGUGAUGAAAUCUACGAAGAGUACAAACAGCUGGAGGAGACUUACGUUCAUGAACGAGGCGAACAGCUUCAUCUUCUCGCGCAGAGUCACCAGGAUUAUCAAGGACAAGCAGUACAUGCCGAUUCGGCUUAUGCCAGUUUGAAUCGAACACCACGGACGAAAAUACGAUCAAAAGUGAUGCAGAUAAGUCCAUUGGAACCACCAGCUUACCAGAUAGACCAUGAAAAGGCUCAAAAGAAAGAAGAAAAUGUAGAUGGCGCACAAAUCGGCGCAAGAUCUAGUCACGCUGCUGGCGAAAAAGGCGACGAUGGCAAAAUCAGUCGCAAUAGUCACUUGCAAUCGGUUUUCGCAAAGUUUUGCCAUCACUGCGGUAAAACCUACCCGAUCGCCACCGCCAAAUUCUGCGUUUGGUGUGGCCACGAACGCCUUGUGCUCUAAUACCGAAAAAAAUUGACAUUUUAUCAAUUUCUUAAAAUUUUAUUCAGCCUCGGUGCAUUUUUUACCAUUUUGACGCAGAUGCGUAACUUAUACCAAUUCAUUACUAGUGACUAAUUACCAAUACCAAUGAGUGUCAUACGCAACAUUUAUAUUAACGUGUGUACUAUUGUACAAUUGACUAUAAUUCUCGGAAAAAGCAUCCGAGAUUUUUUUGUCUCGGAUGUAUCUAUUUCACGCUUUGUAGUAAUGCCUAUUAACUUAACUUAUUACUCAAUUGUAUUUGUAUAUUGAACGUCGUGGCAUUAAAAUUGCGUGAGCAGUGUCGGCGCAUUCCGUUAUUAUUAUUAUUAUAUUUACGCUUGCGCUUAAUAAUUAUUAAUUAUUUUCGAAUGAUAAAGAACUGACUAAAACUA